AUGGCGUCCGUUACGACCGAUUAUAUUAGCGUGGGAGGAAAUCGGCAUCCGGGCGCCGCCGAUUGGGAUGUUCAAUCGGGUGUGCUGGCCUUCGGUGCGGACAACAAUGUCGCCCUGUGGGAGCCUCUAGAUGAUUCUAGCCGAGGUGUUUAUGCCCUUCUCGUCGGUCAUACCGAUAAAGUCAGUGUCGUCAGAUUUUACACCUGCCCCUCGUCUGGGACGAGAUUUCUCCUCACCGGCUCUGUCGAUCGGACAAUUCGAGUAUGGCAACAAGAUUCGAGAAAUAUCCGCAAUUACACACAAGUCUCUUGCCUUGAAGGUCACCAGGGAUCGGUGAAUGCGAUAGCGGUGGCAGACGGGACAGAUGUUGUCGCGAGUGGUGCUGCAGAUGGCACAGUUCGGAUCUGGAGAAUCAAUCAGCGAGAUGGCGUCAAUUGCGAAUUGCUCGAGUCAAUCACUAUGACGCCUCGUUUCUUUCCGCUUACAUUGUCCUUGCGCGUUCUUGAUGUCAACAAUGGCAAACCAUUAGUGUUGGCCGUUGCGGGGACUACGACGGCGGUACAGAUUUUUGUUGCAGAAACAUCUACCAGCCAGCCUAAUUUCCAACGUCGUACGGUGCUUACCGGCCACGAGGCAUGGAUCAGAUCUCUAUCAUUUACUCUAGACAAGCAGAGCAAAACAAAUGAUAUUCUGCUAGCUUCUGCCAGCCAGGACAAAUACAUUCGCCUAUGGCGGUUGUGUCGGGGUGAGGCCAAGAAGCCCGCGCAGAUUGACGAAAGUGACCCCCUACUGGGUGGCAUGGAGCCUACAUUGUCCAACAAAGCUCACGAAUUUGAAGCGGGAGGAUCAAAAUAUUCUAUCACCUUUGAAGCUCUGCUCUUUGGAAACGAGGAUUGGAUCUACACUACCGCAUGGAACCCCGACCCGACACGAUCACAACUCCUCUCAGCUUCCGCUGAUAAUACCGUUACAAUCUGGGAACAAGAUCCAGUUUCCAGUGUCUGGAUGUCUGUGGAGAGAAUGGGAGAAAUUAGCGUUCAAAAGGGAUCUACUACUGCAACUGGCAGUGCGGGUGGUUUUUGGAUUGGACUUUGGUCCCCAGAUGGAAAGCAGGUGGUGAGCCUUGGCCGUACAGGUAGUUGGAGGGUAUGGAAGCAUGAUUCUGAAGCCGAAAUUUGGGUGCAAAAGUUUGGCAUUUCAGGACAUGUGCGUUCCGCGAAUGGUGUACAAUGGGAGCCCAACGGUGGCUAUCUCCUUUCGACCAGCGCCGAUCAAACUUCUCGUCUUCAUGCCCAAUGGGUGCGUGAUAACAAGCAUUCUUGGCAUGAAUUUUCUCGCCCUCAAAUUCACGGAUAUGAUCUCAAUUGCAUUGACACACUCGGGCCUGCCCAGUUUGUUUCAGGUGCGGACGAAAAGCUACUGCGCGUGUUCAACGAGCCCAAGCAGAUUGCGGAGCUACUCGGAAGGCUGAGUGGGUUUCAACAAAAGAUCGAGGGCGAUCUACCAGACACCGCUGAAAUUCCUGUCUUGGGUCUGUCUAAUAAAGCCCAGGGAGAUGAGGCCCCAGUUGAGGAACAAGUAUCCACUGAGGCAGUAUCUUCCACCCCUGCAGCUUCAUUGAUCACCGACACCCCGCCACUGGAAGAUCAACUCUCUCGAUAUACUCUGUGGCCGGAACAUGAGAAGCUUUAUGGUCACGGCUAUGAAAUCUCAGCUGUGGCUGUCAGCCAUGACCGUACACUUAUUGCAACUGCGUGCAAGGCCAGCUCGAUUGAUCAUGCAGUCAUCCGUUUAUAUGAUACAUCGGACUGGCACGAGAUCAAGCCAUCUCUUACUGCGCACUCCUUGACCAUCACUGAUCUUUCAUUUUCUGAUGACGACAAGUAUCUCCUGAGUGUUAGCCGAGACCGUCAAUGGGCGGUCUUUGCCCGGAGUGACGAGGAGCCGACUACUUUUAUCAACUUUACCACAAACCCUAAAGGCCACUCUCGAAUGAUUUUGGGUGCAGCAUGGGCUCCGAAUAAGACUGAGCGCAUUUUUGCUACCGCAGGACGUGACAAGUCUGUCAAAAUUUGGCAGAAGACCGACAAUACUUUCACUUGCAAGUCAAUUGUGGCCUUGACGUCUGCAGUAUCUGCAAUCGCUUUCCUGCCUUCCCCUUACAAGAACUCAUUCAUCCUUGCCGCCGGAGAAGACAGCGGCUCUGUUUCAGUCCACGGGAUCGCCGUGGAUAGCCUUGAAGCCCAACAUAUUGUGACAAUCGACCAGUCAAUUGCACCUUCCAGGGCAAUCACUCAGCUCUCAUGGCGCCCAGUUUCCCCGACUGAAGUGGAAAACAGAGACUGUUUCGAACUUGCAGUGGCCAGUGAGGACACUUCCACGCGCAUAUACGCCAUCUCCAACAUACUCUCAUGA